AUGUCCUCGUCCGCGCUCCUCGUCUCCGAAGACGCGUCGCGUGCGCGGUCCGGCAUAUUGACGCCCACUUCCGAAGGCAGCCUCAACUUGCAUCCGGAACGCCAUCAUGGAGUUUCCUCGCCGCGUGGCGAUGCGAGGAAGUCGGGCGUUGCACUGACCAUGGAGCAGCUGCUCAAGCCGUCAAUUGCCGUCAAGCCGCAUCCGCCGAACCUGCAUGUCCCGCCCCGCGUCCUGCACCCGUUGAUGCUUCUGCCGCGCGAACAUCUGCCGCUGUCUUAUAUCGACUUUGCUGCUUGCCACGGCGAUUUCCCCCAGUCCCGGUUCUACGAAUCUUACAUCCAUAUCCUCGAUCUCGAAAGCCGGCUGGGCCCCGCGCCCAUUGUGCUCAUCGCCCGCAACGAAUUGAGGGGCACGGUUUAUGCCCUUGAGAGACAGUUCAAUGGGCUGUAUGUGCUCUGCAAAUUGGCGCCAUGGGCAGACCUGGAGAGCCUGGCGCAAAAGGCUACGGCUGUUAGACAUGAACGUCUUUCUCCCGUGAAACCGGAGCGAAUCGAACACCCUGGCGGCGAAGCGCUUAUAACCCCCCAGCUGCAUGUCGAACAGAAGAAGAAGAGGGCUGCCAUCGAGGCCAUUCAGUCACAGAUGAGGAAGCGCGUGAGAUCACUGUCUGUGUCGACAGUCGGCAUCAUGACCAAAGAGGAAGAAACGCAGGAGCCCGAGUCCCUGUUAUCACAGCUGCCGUCACCAGACAUGAGCUCGGAACAGGCUCCCCUGCCAGGAUCUGAGAAUAGAAUCAACCCCGUCAGCAUGGCCAGCAGCGCAGAAGAAAUCUUUGAGGGCAUCAGGAAUCAUUAUUUCGAUGCCCUUUACAAGUCCAUGAUUGACAAAAAGUACCGCGAGUCAAUUCCUGAGAUCAUCGCCAAACUCAAAGACCGCAUCGACAGUUCCGACGAGGGCCGCAAACGCAAGCGUAAGCCCAAGAAGAUGAAGCUUGGCAAGAGUGGACUGUAUCCUCUAGAGGACGAAAACGUCAUGCGGUGGUGGGCUGCGAACAAGCCUGAACCAAGUGAUGAUGGAGCUUCGAUCACGCCGUCACAGAUCAAGUCUCAUGUCUCGAUCCUGCGAACGAGGGAAACCAAACUGCAGAUGAUUCUCAUCAUGGAGAUUCUUGCCCUUGAACCUCUCAAGGCUGCUGGCGAAAGCGGCGAGGCGAAUCUGCCUGCACUACCUGGAGCUGCCGAUUCUGAAGACCUGCUGGAGAAUAUCUUGCAACCUCAACCAAAGAAGAGGAACAAGCACAAUCUUCCGGUUCUGCUCGAUGUUCAUGCCGAUCGCCUAACCAUCUGGCAAUCUACAGCGAGCGACGAGCAACUGCUACUCGAAGACGCCCCGUCUUCACAGGCACCCCUGGAUGGCCACCUGGACAAGAAGGCAUCGUCCGAACCUCUGCGAGACUUCUGCGUGGAUGUCAUUAUGCCCUUCUUUUCCGCUCGCUUGCCUGAACUUUGCGACUCCAUCAGCCGCAAGCUUGGAGGCCCCGUCAUCAUAGCCCCAGUGAAGGCCAAGUCUACAAAAAGGCCGCUGGCUGGCUUGCGAGAUCUCAAGCCUGGCACUGUCACUAGGCGGCCUCAGCCUCCAAACCCCCGAAAGACGCUGCAGCGCGCCCUUUCGACGGAACAGCAGAACCGGAGAAGCAUCUCGAGGGGGCCCAGCAAUGCAAUUGCACUUUUGCGAUCUGCCACGUCCACUACCCUUCCAACCAUCAAACGCGAGAGCUUGGAUUCGGUCGGUCCCAUGUCACUGCUUCCCACCGACUCUCAAAGAAGGGCUCAGUCCCUAUCUCGAAGCAGUAGUAGUGGCAUGAACAAUCCCUUUGAUCCUAGAGCUAGUAGAAAGGCCGAAGUGGAGAGUGAGCUAAAGGAGGCCAUCUCGGCCCUGAGGAAGCCAAACAGGGAGGUUGUGGGUAAAGCAAUGGCCGAGGCAGAUGAGCGUAAAGCGUCGACCAGUCUCGCCACAAAGAAACUGAAAAGGGCGCCUCCUCGGAGUGCUUUGGCUUCAGCCGUUCAGGUCAAAGCCACACCAGCGAAUAAUCGGUUCAAGAACAUGAUGCCUGCCAAGUCGAACGAGGGCCAGACUUAUUCAGAGGGCUUUGACGAACUGAUUCCCCCAUCAAGCGUAACGGCCUUCAUUCCUUCGACAGGCAAGCGGCCUGCUCUUAGGGAGAUGUACAAGCGCAGUCCAUCUCCAACGACAGAUACAGUAGGCGACACACCAACAAAGACAUCGGCCAAGACGAGCUUCAUACGCCGAUCUUUGGUUGAACAAUCAGCGAUUCCGCCUUCCUCCCCGGCCGUGCCGCGCAUAAGAAAGUCGGCAGCGUUUAUAGUGACGAAUAGCCCGGACAAACCUAUGAAAACGAGUGCCUACGAAGGCCCUGACUUGAUGGAGACGCCACAGGAGCCAAAGGGGAAGAGCGUGUCAAUCUUUGACAGACUAGGGUGGAAUGACGACUUUGAUGAUUUAUGA